ACACAACGUUCCUCCGCAGGCUCAAUCUUCUUGUGCAUCAUCACUUUAAUUGCAUCGCCCCAUCUACAUCGGCUGUCUGUGACACCAUGCCCUUCCCAUUCGCUCUUUCCCGUGGACUUUUACUCCUCGCUAUUGGUAUUUGCAAUAUCAUAUCGAUUGUGAUUCUAAGGCCGGUGAUUGUUACGCACACCGCAGGACCCUUCGAGGUCAUUGCCGUUGCGUCAAGCAUCGUAGCUCUGUUGGUAUUCCCCAUUUCGAGACAUGCAGAAACUAGCAACACUAGAAAUAUUGCUACCUUUGGCACUUUGUGGCUUUCGGAUAUCACAUCUUGUAUCACUCUAACAUUCCAUGCACGUCAGAAUAACGCGACCGCCCUUUGUCAUGACCUUUCUAAGUCUGGUGACUGCACAAUGGCUAAUGCUCUGCUCGCCGUUUUCUAUAUGUCUGCUAUAUUUGCUCUCAUUGGUUUCGUAUUCGCAUGCUUCGAUAAACACCCCGGUAUUACUAAAGUCUCGCCUCGGUAUCCGAUCACUAAAGCAGCAAGUUCACAUUUCGCUGCCUUCCAAUACCCGCUGGACGUGGAGUUGGAGAAUGUGUACUCUGAGCCUCCCAGAAAGGCGAAACAUACCAAAAAGGCGCACGACGAGGAGAGGUGGACUGAGAUCCCUGUGUAG